AUGAAGAGAGAGCCGAACAGUGUCCGCUCCUGCGCUCCCCAGCUCAAGCGUCGCGGUCAUCUCACCGAUGCACUCACUCGGCGCCUGCAGCUAGCUCGUCAUGCUCGCACCAAGCGCAACCUCGACAGUAACGCUUUGUUUCGCCGCGGUUUUGCAGCAUACAACUUCACGCAUCAGUCUGGCUCGGACGUCACACUCGAAAGCGACGAGACAGCUCUGUUCAGCGACAAUUCUUCUUGCGUUCUGCAGCCAGAGGUGACCCAAGGACCGUACUACGUUGAUGGCGAGUUGAUUCGUAGCGAUCUGACAGAAGAUGAAGAUGGUGUCCCGCUCUACCUUGACAUCCAGCUGGUGGACACUGCAACCUGCGAGCCCGUACCGGCAGUGUUCAUGGACUUCUGGCAUUGCAACGCAACAGGCGUCUACAGCGGCGUAUCCGCAAGCAGCAACGGCAACAGCAACGACACCUCGAACAUCUCCGCCACCUUCCUUCGCGGAAACCAACAGACCGACAUCAAUGGCGUGGCCCAAUUCGAGACCAUCUUCCCGGGCCAUUACACGGGCCGCGCGCCCCACAUUCACGUCUUGAGUCACAACACCAACAGCACAAUCAUUCGCACGAACGGUACAUUGCUUGGCAGCAACUCUACCACCUCCGCCUCGCAUGUAGGCCAGAUAUUCUUCGAUCAGGAUCUCAUCUCCCAAGUCAAAGCAACGGCACCAUACAACACCAACACUCAAGACCUGACCACGAACGCAGAUGACUCUAUCCUGAGUUCCGAGGCUGCAAAUAUGGACCCUUUCGUGGAGUACGUCUGGCUUGGUGACAGCCCUUCUGAUGGUAUCAUGGCCUGGAUCAGUAUUGGUAUCGAUCCAACCACGGAUGAUGAGGUCACAUCUGCUGCAACAAUCUAUGCGGAUGGCGAAGUAGCGAAUACGGAUUCCAGUAUGAAUGGCGGCUCAGGUGGUGACGGCGGAGGUCCAUCUGCCAACGGAACGACUAGUGGCAGUAUGCCUUCUGGUAGUCCACCGUCCUAG